UUAAAGGAAUAAUGGAAUAUAAUUACAGUAAUUUUUUUUUUGUGUGUGUAAGCUAUAGCAUUUGUGCAUUUAUACUAAAUGUAUUUUGGCUAAAGUUUUUCAAACAAAUACCAUAGAAACCUUAUAUUUACAUUUGACCAUGUUAAUGUGUGGUUUUAACUGUGGUUAUCAUGAUCUAAAUGUAUGCUGCUAUGGAUGAAGAUUAACCAAUAAUUUUAAUAAAACUCAAUCAGUCAGAUUAUUUAAAUUUUACUAUAUAAAAAUAAGAUUGUUAUCAUUUUUAUGAUUAUGGGACAUUACAGUACUAUUGCCUCUCGCUGGCCCUGCACAGCCCCCCUCUCCCACCACCUCUCCAGAAAAAGAUUACAAAUGCUUUAUUUUUUUUUUGGUUUCUGUGUUGGUCUUCAGUCUCUUCUCUAGUCCUCAGCCAUCCGUGCCAUCCUGUCUCUCAUCAGUCCCUUGAUUCCAGCUCUUCCUCCUCUCAGUAGUGUGGAACAGCCUCAGACCUGUCAGGAGCCAUCUACUCCUGAGCAUGAGGAGCUCGAGGUUGUGCUACGAUCUGCUUCGACCCGUCACCCUGGCUCCUGUGCCUGCGCUCCUUCUGCCCUCGACCCUUAGCGUGGACCAUCGGCCUUUCGGACUCGCUGGACUCCCUCAGCAUGUCGGCUCCACCUGGGUCAAACAUUGCUUCGCCCUCACUGCAGAGUUGCGGACCGUCCGCUGUUCUCUGGUCCUCCACCCCAUUGGCUGCAGCUUGCUCCACUCCACCUCAGGCUCCACCUCCACCCUCGGUCUCUCCAGCUCACCUUCAAUCCUCCGGAUCCCCACCUCAAUCUUGGGAGGUUGUCGCCGUCUCUCCACCACCUCGGCUCUUUGGAUGCGUGGUGGGCUCCAUCCAUGCCGUCCUUGUCUCCUGUCAUCCCCAUGGCGGCCACUGUGGAGCACCCCCUGCUCAAGGUCAUCCCUUCGCUCUCUCCACCUUCAUCGCCACCCUAGACUUUGUUGUUCGUCCUCCUUCCGGUCGUCCGUCCACCUCCAGAACCUCCUCCUGCCUGUCUGUGCUAUCCCUUUGACAGAUUUUGUUCAUCAGAAAUUGAUUGGAUGGUUGAGUUUUGCUAUUGCUGUGACCUCAUGUGAGUGACAGGUCAUCCCGCCCUCAUGCCAGUAAUCACAUCAUCAUAGAACAGAAGAGAUGUCGCUGCAAGAGGGAGGGGAAGUUAUUUUGAUUAAAGAUAAAAAAAAAUAAUAAUAAUGAUGUGCAAGAAUAAAUAAUUUCAAGAAUUGGCCAUUUUUAUUUCAUGGUGACUUUAAAUUCAGACCAAAAGACAGAUUAAUUAUUUCUGAAUCUUUUUUUUUAGUAAUUUGUUGUUCGAUCAUUUUUGAGUGGUGACUUUUAGAGGGGUAUUAUUUUAGACAUUAUUUUAUUCUAUUCUAGAUAUCUAGUUUUCUACAUAAUGUUGUUCUCUUUAAGUGUCAAACGGAGUUUUGGGGGUGGUUUGUGGUUACAAUGGCGUUGCUAAGGUGUUCUGAGCAGUUAAGCACGUUGCUAAGUGGUUGCUGAUGUGUUUUGGGUGGUUGCUAGGGUGUUCUGCACAAUGAAAAAAAAAAUCCCAACCUCUAAGUGCUUAAGAUUCCCUGCUCCAUAUGGCUUAUUGAGAAGAUGCUGAAACAAAACCUCCCAUAAACUUACACUGACACUGAGUUGAACCUGGGCCAGUAAUAAACUAAACUAGCAACCAAAUAGCAACACACAGGCACACAUAAAAUAAUCUACAUAGCAACCAAAUAGCAACAUACACGCAAAACAAUCAGAAAACUUUGGCAACCACAUAACAAGAGUUUUUCUUUAGAAAAUGUAUCAAGUUGUUUAAAUUACAACUCGCAACGUGGCAUAAGCAAACGACAUAUUCCUCUUACACUGUUGGAUAUUCCCCAUAUGGUUUUGCGGAAGUAUUUUGACGGAAACUAUGGUUACCAUGGCAAUUAUUUUUUUUUUUUGUCAGGGUACCGACUCUAUUCCAUAUGACCUGUAAACGAAAAUAAUUUUAUCUAUGUUUCAGAGCGAAAAGAUUCAAUCCAUAGCACGUAAACUUUGACAUUCACAUCCCCGUUCGCCAUUGCAGCAUCAUCUGAGCCUCCGUGAUGAAGGAACCAGCCAGGAGGCGGUGUCUGAUCAGAGCCCAACAUUAAACAUAUCUGACGUCUAUAUCUCCAUCAUCAUCAUCCUCGCCUCUCAAUGUCCAAAUAACUCUUUGCAUUUCCGUGCUAUAGGUUUCCUUCAAAAUCGCGUUUUUCGUCUGUUUACCCUCUGAACGUCUUUGGGGAUCUGAAGUUUGCCUCAGUUUGCGCAACCGGUGUGUGAACUCGAUCAAACAGCCCGAUCUGAUCGCUGUCCAGGCGUGCUUGUGGUGACACCAGGGGAUUCAUAUGAGCGUGCCUCCGGUGAUCCGACCGCCGAGCCCCCUCCCGGGGUCGCAAGGCAUUUCCUUCCAAAUCCAGAUCGGAUUGAGCCGGGAACCCGUCCUGCUGGACUCCGGCGAGUUCAGCCUGGCGCAGGUCCGAGAGAUGGCAUGCUCCAUCGUAGACCAGAAGUUCCCAGAAUGUGGUUUCUAUGGGAUGUAUGACAAGAUUCUUCUUUUCCGUCAUGAUCCAAACUCUGAAAACAUUCUGCAGUUGGUGAGGUGCGCGGCUGAAAUUAUGGAGGGGGACCUGGUGGAAGUCGUCUUGUCAGCCUCAGCUACUGUGGAGGAUUUUCAGAUCAGACCUCACGCUCUGUUCGUUCACUCAUAUCGAGCUCCAGCGUUCUGUGAUCACUGUGGAGAGAUGCUGUGGGGUUUAGUGAGACAGGGUCUUAAGUGUGAAGGCUGUGGGCUGAACUACCACAAACGGUGUGCCUUUAAAAUCCCAAACAACUGCAGCGGCAUCCGUAAACGUCGACUAUCUAACGUGUCCCUCACCGGCCUGACCAACACUCGCUCUGUGUCUGCUGAACCAUCUCCCAGCACCUCUGAUGAAGCCUUACUGCAAAAGACACCAUCAGACUUCUUUCCUGGAAGAGGCCGCUCCAACUCUCAGUCCUAUAUAGGUCGGCCAAUAGAGUUAGACAAGAUCCUGCUGUCUAAAGUAAAGGUGCCACACACAUUUGUCAUCCAUUCCUACACACGUCCCACCGUUUGCCAGCACUGCAAGAAGCUCCUCAAGGGCCUGUUCCGUCAGGGACUACAGUGCAAAGAUUGCAAAUUCAACUGCCAUAAACGAUGUGCACCCAAAGUGCCAAACAACUGCCUCGGAGAGGUGUCAAGAAACGGAGAUCUGUUGAGUCCUGGUGCUGAAUCAGAUGUGGUCAUGGAGGAGGGUUGUGAUGACCAUGAUGGGGACAGACAUAGUCCACUUAUCGAUGAUAUGGAAGAGUCUCUGGUGGCGGAUUCCGCUGCUCUUUUGGAAGCUGGACAUGGUGAGCUUGGAGAUUUCCAAGACCAAGACCCAGAUGAAUCCAACAGAAUCAUCAGCCCUUCCACCAGCAACAACAUCCCACUUAUGCGGGUGGUUCAGUCUGUCAAACACACCAAGAGGAAAAGCAGCAGUGUUAUGAAAGAAGGCUGGCUUGUGCAUUUCACCAGCAAAGACACGUUGCGUAAGAGACAUUACUGGAGACUUGACAGCAAGUGCAUUACCCUGUUCCAGAAUGACACUGGGAGCAAAUACUAUAAGGAAAUUCCUCUAUCUGAGGUGCUGUCUCUGGAACCAGCGAAAACAUUCAACCUUCUCCCUGAGGGUGCCAACCCACAUUGCUUUGAGAUUGCCACAGCAUCUCUGGUGUAUUAUGUUGGAGAGAACCUGGCUACGUCGGGCUACGGAAGCAGCGUGCUUGUUAGCGGUGUGGGACAGGACGUGGCCCGCAUGUGGGAGAUGGCCAUCCAGCAUGCACUUAUGCCUGUCAUCGCCAAGGGCAUAUCUCACGGCAGUCAUCACAGCUACCACAAAGAGGUCUCCAUUAGCAUCUCAGUAUCCAACUGCCAAAUCCAGGAGAACGUGGAUAUUAGCACAGUGUAUCAGAUUUUCCCUGAUGAAGUACUUGGCUCUGGGCAAUUUGGCAUUGUCUAUGGAGGGAAACACAGGAAAACAGGCAGAGAUGUUGCCAUCAAGAUCAUCGAUAAGCUGCGAUUUCCAACCAAGCAGGAAAGUCAACUGCGCAAUGAAGUUGCCAUUCUUCAGAACCUCCACCAUCCCGGCAUCGUCAACCUCGAGUGCAUGUUUGAGACACCAGAGCGUGUCUUUGUUGUCAUGGAAAAGCUCCAUGGCGACAUGUUGGAGAUGAUACUGUCAAGUGAGAAGGGAAGGCUGCCAGAACGCAUCACCAAGUUUCUCGUUACGCAGAUUCUCGUCGCUCUCCGCCACCUCCACUUCAAAAACAUCGUUCACUGUGACCUCAAACCUGAGAAUGUUUUGUUAGCCUCUGCUGACUCUUUUCCACAAGUGAAGCUGUGCGAUUUCGGUUUUGCACGUAUUAUUGGUGAGAAGUCUUUUAGGCGUUCGGUGGUUGGAACCCCGGCGUACCUCGCCCCGGAGGUGCUUCGGAACAAGGGCUACAACCGCUCGCUGGACAUGUGGUCCGUGGGUGUGAUCGUCUAUGUCAGUCUCAGUGGAACGUUCCCCUUUAAUGAGGAUGAAGACAUUCAUGAUCAAAUCCAGAACGCUGCUUUCAUGUACCCACCCAACCCCUGGAAAACAGUGACCCCAGAGGCAAUUGACCUCAUUAAUAACCUGCUGCAAGUCAAAAUGAGGAAGCGCUACAGCGUGGACAAGUCUCUCAGCCAUCCCUGGUUACAGGACUACCAGAUGUGGCUGGACCUGCGGACUCUGGAGUGCAAAAUGCAGGAGCGAUAUAUCACCCAUGAAAGCGAUGAUAUGCGCUGGGAGCAUUUUGCAGAACAAAAUGGCCUUCAGUACCCAGCCCACUUAAUCAACCCUCACGCCGAUGUCCGCGAAGAGGCGGAGUCUGACGAGCUUGUGAUGGGCAUGCUCAGCGACAGAGUCAGUGUUCUGUAAAUUGCUGCCUACCCCUUUAAGGGUACAACAACGGAACUCAAGCCAACUUUAUACUGCGAAAUCACCACUUUAGUCAACAGAAAAUGACUUGACAGUUCCAGAAGUACUGCACAAAUUCAUAUAACUGUACACUACAGAUCAAGCACAAAUUUCAUAAACACACAGUGCCUAAACCACAAAAGCCAACCUAGCCAUACAUUACGUAGACAAAAACAGUCAUACCCAAAUAUAUGACAAUAACACAUUACAAAAAAAAAAAAAAAAAAAAUCAGUCAAAACAACUGCACUUAAACUUCUACAAUCAAAUAUAACUCUUGUUCUUAACCUGAGAAAAAAAUAUAUAUAAUUAUUAUUAUUAUUUGCCAUUAACUGGCACUACACAGUUGAAAAAACUGUAUCAACAGUAUUUGUUUGUAUAAUUCACAAAAUAAGUCAUAUAAGAAACAAGUUAUAAAGUGAACUUAUUUAGCCUUUUAAUAAAUUUAAGAAAUUAUUCUGCUAUGAAAAGUCAGUUAAUGCCACAGAUAUUGUGGUGACCUGUUGCAUCAAUGAUAACUUGACAAAUGUAUAGCAGAGAGCAUUUAUAGCUUUUGUGGUUUUGUGUUUAUGUGCUUAUGAAUGUGUGUGUGUGUGUGUGUGUGUGUGUAUGUGUGGUUUGGGGGUUGGUUAUGUAUGUUAGUGUUCUGUGCAAGUGUAAGACAGCAAAGCAACACUGCCUGUGGACUGGAGAUGUUUUUCCUUUUGCUUUCUUCGGAUAUGUUGGGAUAAUAAUAAAGUGCAGCUGGUUGUGUACGCAUAAAGUAUUAUGUGCUCAUGACAAAUUUUCAGUGUUUUUUUUUUUCAGUGUUCCCUUUAAGUGAAGAUGAAGUACAACACUAAUGCACUCAUCAGCUAUUCUGUCCAAAAGGCUGAUUAAAUGUUAACAAAUUAUUUCUUUAGUUAUUUAAUUAUGGGCUGGAAUGAGUGCAAGUCACAGAAUGGCAGUUUGGAAGAUAUCAGGCCAAAGGUGAGUGAUAAUCCAUAGUGCUGAAAAAGGAUGAUAUACUGCGGGCUAGUGUUUUUGGCACUCUUCUGCUUCAUCUUCAAAUCAAGUAGGUGUUAUUUGCUGUCUGCCAUCAGGAAAGGUGUUUCCUAAUCGACAGAUGGCGCUGUACGCUUAUGCAGCAUGAAAGCCUGAAAGUUGGUUCGAUGGGACGGUACAGACCUCUCUCAAUACAUCAUUUUACUAGAUGGGCAGACUGUUGAAAACAAUAAUAAGAAUAGUAAAACAACUAAAAUCAAAUGUUGUAUAAGCAUGGAAAGUUGUAAUAUAAGUAAGUCUAAGGAGGGUAUUUUAGAAAAGACUUUAAUCGUGAUAGAUGUCAUAUUUAAUUUUUCGCGAUUGAAAACGAGGAUGUGAGGCGAAAAGCCGUACAGUAGGCUAUAUAGAUUUUAAAUGACUUGAGUUACGGAGUUUUUCGUCAAGAUUCAUCCAAGUCAUCGUAAGCAAAGUUAAAAUUAUUAACUACAAUCUUUUGAACAAAUAUUAAAUAGUCUCAUUUAUAGUCUCAUUUGUCUAUAUCACACCAAUUUUCCCCUGUUGCUAGCUAGCCUACAUAUCCAGCUAACUAAAUGUAUUUUUUCAAGAAAAAGCAAAAUUUCUUUUCUUUUCCUGACUUUUGCCUGUUUAAUUAGAAAUUAUCCCAUUGUGAAACAGCAGUCGGUGUUUAUGAAUCAUUUACACGACGCCACCAACAGCCUAUUCCUGGACAAGAGAUGACGAGCUCGCAUACUGAAAGAAAGGGAAGAAUCUUACAGAUGGGCUGUCUAUCGAGUUACGAAUCAUUUGAGUCUGUUUUUUCUCUCUCUAAUCCAAACUCCUCCCCACAAUAGAUGGAGAAUAGAGCCAAUAGUGCAGGUGUUACACGACCAAAGCAAAAUGUAGGCUACUGUAUAUGAGUUAAUUAAAAAAAAAAUUAAAACAAGACAUUCGAUUGAAAACAUGGAUAAAAAAUGAAAAAGAAAAAAAAAAAUUGGGGGAAAAAACAGCCAGGCUUUUGUGAAGUAGGCCUACAAUAAAUUACAUCAACAAAAUAAAAUAAAAAACAACAUGCUACAGUAUAAAAUAAAAUAUGUUAGUAGCCUAAAUUAUAUGGGUAAGAUUCUUUAUAAAUAGCAUACUUUUAUACGUUGUUUUGCGUUCAGCAGUUCAAGCUUGUCAUGUAAGCUAAACCAUUUUUCAUGAAAAUAAAAAUAAAUUUAGAUGAGUAAGCCAUAUUUUAAAACUACAUUAAGUCUUUAAAUAUUUCAGUAACAGAAUGUCCACAAUCAGAAGAGAUUUAAUCGGCUACUGUCUUCAAAAUAAACAAACUAGUGAAGAACUUUUAACCACGCGCUAUGAAUUUCUCAAGAAUAAAAAAUAUAUAUAUAUAUAUUAAGAUACAAAUACAUUAACAGAGCUAUUUAAUAUCUCUCCGUUUCCUGAGACAAUAAUCAAGUAAUAUAAAAGCAAUAAACGUAUUAAAUUAUGCUUUAAAAGAUUUCUUAUUAACACAUUUGUAUGUUUUCUCCCAUAUACGAUGUAUCUCCUGGAGUUGCACAUGUUUUCUAGGGAAUGUGUACUCGGAAAAUUAGUUAGUAUGCAAAUGAAGAAUCACAGCUUUGACAGUGAGUAACCAUAUGUUCUGGAAUUGCAUAUUAAAAAAAAAAAAAAGGAGAGAGACAGAUAUAUCCUGAAAGGAUUGUUGCCGUAGUAACUCCGUUUUUCUUCAUCCUGGCUGCGUUGGCACAGACAAUUUCACCAAAAGGAAAACAAAUAUAAUAGUUUCGCACGUCUGAAUUAUUUGGUUCUGUCAGACAAAACACGCAAAUAUUUUCCCCGAUUCCGUGUUGAGCAGCAAACAUGAAACCAGACGGUGCAAAAAAAAAAAAAAAAAAAAAUGCCGAAUAAAUGACUUUUUAGUUCACGAGUUUCUUUCUCUCUUUGUGUGAUAUUAAUUCCAAACGAUAAUUUUUAAAUCAUACCUCUUAAAGUCUAAAUAUAUAGCGGGUAUUGUGUUAUUAUUCAUAGACUGGUGUUUAUUAGCCUAUUUGUUUUUAAUUGAUUUAUUUAGUCAGAAAUAUUUUUGUUAUCUAUGACAUUAUGCAUAAUGUCUUGUACCUUGAAACAGUCACGUGUCGCUAACGGACUGACAUAAACGACUCAUCAAAUGAAAUCUUGAUUAUGUGAAAACAGGUUGCGCGUGGCAGGUAGACUGCUGCAGCUAUCUGAAAAUGUGCACGUGCAGUUUUGUGCCAUACGCGCGCGACAGUUUCCUCAACCUCCAGUUAUCUGCUCCUGCAACGGAGGAAAUUAAAAAAUAUAUAUAAAAAAUGAUUAAACACGUUAGAAAAACAGGUUUUGCUUUUAUAUUCAAUUUGAUAUCAAAUUCUGCCAGUUAGAAAAACAUGAUGUUGCACUGAGAUGUAUGCCGGUCUGAUGAUAUAAACAAAAGAGCUAUGUUGGUCUUAUAGAAUGGAUCGAAGAAUAGCUCACACCGAAUUUUGCUAACCUGAAUAGUAAAAUAAAAUGUACAUAUUUAAAAAUAAGG